AUGAAAAUCUUUCGCAGUCCAAGAAUGGGGAAUGUCGACUCUCAGAUCGCCAAGUCCCACGGGUUUGAUGUAGAUACUCUACAGAAGGAAUCACAAUUCAGUGCCGUCGAAUUAAAGCGUCUCAAACGCAGAUACGAAAGGCUGGACACGGACCACAAUGGCAAGAUCUCGACAGAAGAGUUCAUGGACCUUCCUGAGCUUGCCAACAACCCUCUGGUAGAACGAAUCAUCGCCACUAUGGACACAGACAACGAUGGUGACGUGGAUUUCCAGGAGUUCAUUAUGGCGCUGAGUAUCUUCAUCCGAGGCAGCAAGGAGUCGAAGCUACAAUUCGCCUUCAAGAUCUACGACAUGGAUGGCGACGGGUUCAUCUCCAAUGGAGAACUUUACGCUGUAUUGAAGAUGAUGGUGGGCAGCAAUUUGCAGGACACGCAACUGCAGCAGAUUGUGGACAAGACUAUCAUGUACUCGGAUCAGAACGGAGAUGGCAAGAUAUCCUUCGAGGAGUUCUGCCAGGUAAUUGCGCAUACCGAGGUAGAAGACAAGAUGGUGGUUGAGUUCUAA